CUGGUGCGUAACCAAGCUUCCCGACACCAUGCUGGGCGCGGGGGGCGCGGGCUUCGCACGGUGCCUGCGAGCCAGGACACAGGCAUGGCUGUGGGGUUCGCGGGGCGGCGCUUUGGCCCUGGCGCGCUCCGCUGGCGCGCCUGGCCCUGGAGACCAGCAGCCCUCCGGGGGGCGGGGCCCACGCGGACGUCAGUUCAGCCUGUCGGCGGCCGCGGUAGUAGAGUUGGCGCCCCGCCCUCUGCAGCCUUACCUGCGUCUCAUGAGGCUGGACAAGCCCAUUGGAACCUGGCUGCUCUAUUUGCCUUGUACCUGGAGCAUUGGUUUGGCAUCUGAACCAGGUUGUUUUCCAGAUUGGUACAUGUUAUCCCUCUUUGGCGCUGGCGCUAUUCUGAUGCGUGGAGCAGGCUGUACUAUUAAUGACAUGUGGGACCGGGACUACGAUAAAAAGGUUACAAGAACAGCAAGUCGCCCAAUAGCUGCUGGAGACAUUUCAGUUUUCCAGUCCAUCGUUUUUCUCGGAGUACAGCUGACCCUGGCACUGAGUAUUCUUCUGUGUCUGAAUUACUACAGUAUAGCUCUUGGCGCAGCAUCCCUACUUCUUGUCAUCACCUAUCCACUAAUGAAAAGAAUUACGUACUGGCCUCAAUUAGCCUUGGGGUUCACUUUUAAUUGGGGAGCAUUGCUUGGGUGGUCUGCUGUCAAGGGCUCCUGUGACCCAUCAGUUUGCCUGCCUCUCUAUUUUUCUGGAAUUAUGUGGACUCUAAUAUAUGAUACUAUCUAUGCCUAUCAGGACACAAGAGACGAUGCCCUGAUUGGUCUUAAGUCCACAGCCUUGAGGUUUCGUGAGAACGCCAAGCAGUGGCUUAGUGGCUUCAGUGCAGCAAUGCUGGGGGCGCUGAGCCUGGUGGGAGUGACCGCUGGUCAGACCAUGCCCUACUACGUUGCUCUGGCUGCUGUCGGAGCUCAUCUGACUCACCAGAUUUACACUCUAGACAUCCACAGACCUGAGGAUUGUUGGGAUAAAUUUACCUCCAACCGAACAGUGGGGCUAAUACUUUUUUUAGGAAUUGUUCUUGGGAACUUGUGGAGAGAAAAGAAGACAGAUGAAACAAAGAAAAAUAUAGAAAGAGUAGAAAAUUAGCAAAUGAAGUCUAUCUAGUUUUUAAAUAAGACUUUUACAAAACACUCUCAGGUGUUGUUAUGAUGUAAUUAGAUUUGAAUAAGAAUCUUAACUAUGUUAAAGAAUUAAGAAUCAGAAGAUGAAGGCUUCGAGCAUAUUUUAUAUUUGCCUGAAUUUUAGUUCAGCUAUUUACCAGCAAAAUUCUUCCUCCGUCACAAAGACCUGGAUUCUUCAGGAUUUGAAAUGACCUUGAGUGUUUAAGUUGAUGUGUUCUGUUCAUUGUAAUUCUAAUCUGUAGUUACGGGAAUUGUAUGAGUUCCACACUUUAAAAGAAACUGACAUGUAUUUCAUCUAAAUGAAUGUCUGUAGAAAAAUGGACUGUCUUUUUAGGAAAAAAUAAAAGCUGCCACAGAAA